GUGCAGCUUCUUGGCAGAGUGUUUAACAUUCUACGUGAGAAUAAUCCAGAACUUGCUGGAGACCGUCGGAGGACUGUUAUGAGGCCUCCACAAGUUCUACGGGAGGGCACUAAGAAAACUGUCUUCGUGAAUUUUAAGGAUCUAUGCAAAACGAUGCAUCGGCAGCCAGACCAUGUCAUGGCUUUCUUGCUUGCUGAACUGGGUACUAGUGGCUCUCUAGAUGGACAGCAGAGAUUGGUUGUGAAGGGAAGAUUUGCACCCAAGAACUUUGAAGGAAUUCUAGGACGAUAUGUCAAUGAGUAUGUCAUUUGCCUUGGAUGCAAAAGUCCUGACAGAAUCCUUUCUAAGGAGAACCGUUUGUUCUUUCUCCGAUGUGAAAAGUGUGGAUCAGGAAGAUCAGUUGCUCAAAUCAAAGCUGGUUUUGUUGCUCGUGUUGGCCGUAGGAACGCGGGGACAUGAUUUGAU